CGGCGCUCACCCCCCGCUGCCCUUCGUUUUCUCUUCCCAGUGCCCGGGGUUGCCGAGUUCGCCGCCUCCUUCAAAAGCCCUAUUACAAAUUCUCCUCCCAAGUGGAUGGCUGAAUUAGAAAAUGAUGAUAUCGACAUGUUAAAGGAGUUGGGGAGCCUCACUACAGCUAAUCUGAUGGAAAAAGUUCGUGGCCUGCAGAACCUGGCUUAUCAGCUGGGACUGGAUGAAUCUAGAGAAAUGACACGAGGGAAAUUCCUGAACAUCCUGGAAAAACCCAAAAAGUAA